AUGAAAGUUUGAGAAAGUGGGAUCAGUGAUGUAGUCUGCUUCCUUUAGCGUGCUCCUUCACAAGUGCGUUCUAGUCCUUUUGAUGGUUGUGUUUGGGAAACUGAGGACAUUGACAAUGAUCAUUUUUCCCAUUGUGAUUGCUUUGGUGCCCUUGGUGCAUUUUGCGUCGCCAGUCAAUGGCUUUACUCCAAGUCCACUUCGACCGGUUAUCUUAAGGAAACAGGACUUUACCCGAGAGAAACCCAAACGCAAAGUACCAGCCCCAUUCACGAUCUCGACUUCUUUACAUGUGUCGAACAAUGAAGCCGCUCAAACAAGAGAGGCCAAAAAUUUGGCCAGUUUUAAGGGCCUACCCAAGGCCAUUCAUGUUGAGGGAAUCCGGGUCCCUGAUGAUCCGUCGGAUCGCACUACUUGGCGGAAUGGACGAGUAAUUGGAAACAUUUUUGAGCCGUAUCCGAUAAAAGCUAAGCAACAAACCCGUCAAGGCCGCUUGAGUCUAGACGAGACACAAACGCCAAGACAGCCCAAAAAUGCGCAACUGCAAGGAAGCCCUCAAGGCCAAAGCAAAGACUACAGCUAUAAUUCAGGAUCCACAGUGGAGGGUAGACCGAUAUAUUAUGUAGUUGAGGAACCUGAUACUCUUCAUGCAGAUAGAAGUCCCUAUGCUUAUGAACCAGCUGGUUUAGCCUUGGGACCGCAAACCGACCAAACCCAGAGAAAUCAGCUUCUUGAUCCUCAGACUGCUUCUCACUAUCAAAUCAAAGAACACACCUAUUCCAUGUGUCCUGGGUGUCCCACCUUCAGUAUUCCCAUACCAGUUCCCAAAGAAAAUGACGACUCAACUGACUCCUAUCAAAGUUCAUCCCAAUCAGUUCAGUUUCAAAGUAACCCGAGUCAAACCUCCAAUGGAGGCAAUGGAGAGCCACAAGGGCCCAGUUCUGGCUCCAAUGGGUUUUUGAGCAACUUGGAAAACAGAGUUGAGGACACCAAGAAAGCUUUCAAUGAUUUUGUUGAAAAUUUGAUGGGCAAUUUUCUCUCUCAACCCUCCGCCACUGGAACGGACAAGCAGGAUAGUGUGUCCAAUUCCAGACAACCCUCCGGUUUCAUGGCGGGUGGCAUUGCUGCUGCCUUGAUUGGAGGGAUGGCCUUGCUCUCCUCGGCCGUCACUUUGUCUAAGCAUUCAUCUUCUGUGGCAGCGUUGAGUAGUUCCAAUAGUAGAAGUGAUUCGAGACCGGGCCUUUUAGAAAAGCAAUCCAUGUGCUUCUUCAAGAUGACUUGCACAGAUUUGCACAAAGACGCGGAAAGCUCAGAUUUAGGUUUCCUCUUGACAUCGAUCACUUCAGAGUUCUGCGACAAAAUUUUGAAUUCCAUUGAGGAUCCGUGUGCCACAUAAACAUAAGCUGCAACAGUAUUGAAUAUCUAUAACCACAUUUUGACCCUGGCUUUCCGAAGAAUAUCCCUAAUUUUGAUGCAAAUUCUCUGUGCUUAAUAAAGAUAUUAGAUGAUG